AUGGCCACUUCGGCGCCCGCGGCCAGCGCCGACGCCUGCAUCGCUGCUCCCGGCGGCGUGGACGGCCGCAGCGGCUACUGCGAGGCGACCAGGACGUUCCGCAGCCUGCGGCCGCCCGUGCCACUGCCACCCAAGGACGCCCCGCUCUCGUUCACGGCGUUCGCGUUCUCGCUCCUGCCGUCCCCGCCCCCUGCGCACCCGGCCCUCCUCGACGCCGCCACCGGCGAGGCCGUGUCGUUCCCGGCGCUCCGGUCCCAGGUGCGCGCGCUAGCGGGGGCCCUGCGCUCGCGGCUCGGGCUCCGCCGCGGCGACGUCGCGUUCGUGCUCGCGCCGGCGCGGCUGGACGUCCCGGUGCUCUACUUGGCGCUGCUCUCGAUCGGCGCCGUCGUGUCGCCGGCCAACCCGGCGCUCACCGCCGCGGAGGUCGCCCGCCUCGUCGCGCUGUCCGAGGCGUCCGUCGCCUUCGCCGUGUCGUCGACAGCCGCCAAGCUGCCGGCUGGCCUCCCCACCGUCCUCCUCGAUUCCGAUCAAUUCCGCUCCUUCCUGCGCAGCGAAGGCCGCGGGGAGAAAACGGUGGCGGUGCGCCAAUCGGAGACGGCCGCGAUCCAGUACUCGUCAGGCACGACCGGGCGGGUGAAGGCGGCGGCGCUGUCGCACCGAAACUUCAUCGCGAUGGCGGCGGGGUCCCACGCUCUGGCCCCGAAGCCGAGGCAUGGUCGUCGCGACAGCCGGAUGCUCCUGGGCGCGCCCAUGUUCCACUCCCUGGGGUUCUACUUCGCGCUCAAGGCCGUGGCGCUGGGGCAAACGACGGUGCUGGUGACCGACGCGGUGGCGCGGCGCGGCGUGAGAGGGGUGGUGGAGGCAGCGGAGAGGUGGGCGGUCACCGAGAUGACCGCGUCGCCGCCGGUGGUGAUGGCCAUGGCGAAGGAGCCGUGCAUCCUGGAGGCCCUGGAGCGGGUGGUAUGCGGCGGCGCGCCGCUGCCGACAACGGCAGCGGAGAGGUUUCGGCGACGGUUCCCCAACGUGGAUCUCUGCAUGGGCUACGGUUCAACUGAGGCCGGUGGCAUAUCACUGAUGAUCGGUCCGGAAGAGUGCAACCGCGUCGGCUCCGCCGGCCGUGUCUCGGAGAACGUGGAGGUGAAGGUCAUGGACCACGUAACCGGCGAGCCCCUGGCCGUCGGGCAGAAAGGGGAGCUGUUGGUGAGAGGGCCCGCCGUCAUGACCGGAUACGUCGGAGACGACGAGGCGAACGCCAGCGCUUUCGACUCUCAAGGCUGGCUCAAGACAGGGGACCUUUGCUACAUCGAUCAGGACGGGUUCCUGUUCGUGGUGGAUAGGCUCAAGGAGCUCAUCAAGUACAAGGGCUAUCAGGUUCCACCUGCGGAGCUGGAGCUCAUCCUGCAAACGUUGCCAGGAGUUGUCGAUGCUGCAGUCAUGGCGUAUCCGCAUGAGGAGGCAGGGCAGAUACCGGUAGCGCUUGUCGUGAGGCAACCAGGAAGCAAGGUCACCGAGGCCCAAAUCAUGGACCAUGUUGCGAAGCGGGUAGCCCCGUAUAAGAAGAUCCGCAAGGUUCUGUUUGUCGACUCCAUACCAAAAUCUCCAGCAGGAAAGAUACUGAGAAGGCAGUUGGCGAACUAUGUGCAGUACAGCGCUGUCUCUAGGUUGUGAAUUUUUUUAAAAAAAACUUGGGUGUGCAUGCGUGUAUGAGAGAUAGAGAUGCGGUACAACAUUGCGUGUAAAGAUAAACUAGAUAUGUGCCUGUGCAUCGCUACGGAGUAUAAAAAUCAAUAUCGCUUUAAUACGAGAAACACAGCGGCCAACUAAACUUAUGAGGCUCAUGUUUCUUCCCAAA